AUGCGAUGCGCGAGCAAGGCCGCCGAGAGCGCGCCCGCACGUCUCUGUGCGGACGCCGAAGCAGAAACCACAGCAACUGAUGUCUCAUCGGUUGCUGAAGCGACCCAGCCUGUGUCACUUGGUGAUGCAGGCGCUGGUCAUGAAGACACUCAUGUCUUCACAGAGUACGAGCUCGGUGUCUCGUACUCUCCUGAUACGGAAGACGGAUCCGUAUCGACGGCGAUUGAAUCCAAGCCGCCUGCCAAGCGUGGCAUGGACGAUGCUUUGCGUCGCAGCAUCUUUGGUUCAUUUGAUGAAUCAGAUGAACCAUCGCCGAAGCGAAGGCGCUCGAGGUCGCGAGACUCGGGCGCUAACAGUGGUGUCGGUUCUCCUAUGGACACCACUUCGCAACGAGGUGCCAGUACUUCUGUCGGCACGUCGCAGGAAGAGCGGGACCGCAAUGUGUUGCGUCUCGCUCCCGAGAAGAAGGCAUGGAUGCCUCCAAAAUCCGUCAUGGAUCACUUGUCGGCGACGACGAGUGAUCGUUAUCGAACACGAUUGUUCGAUUCGUCAAGGAUCCAUCACCUUGACCCCAGCGCGAAAAACUAUCGCGCUGAGCAUGAGUUCUUCAUCGAUGCUUUCUUUAGACACCGAUGGUACAGUGGGAAUCACAAACGUGAUGGUCCCUCACUGCUUCAGGCGUGGAACGCCUACAUCCAUAACCUUGAGGAUGUAGGUCGUGACGCUUGGAACGACAAACUUAUCAAAGCUCGUGAUAAGUUUGAAAAGCGAACCCCGACAGGUGCACGCUACAAGCUGCAUCGUCUGUCAAGGGAGAAAGGAUUACCCUGCCUCUCAUGGGGAGAUUCCCCGUGGUGGCGCGUACGUGUCUCUACUGAGAUGUACGAAGGGAUUGACAACCUGAAAUCCCUUUACGACCGUGCCGGGAAGACUUUCUCCGGCGGUCCUUCUGCGGCACAGGAUGUGCCGCGUCGUACUGCUCAACCAGACCCAGUACGUCGAUCAUCAGUUGGGAGCGGGGCUCCCAAGUAUCCCAGGACGGGGGAUAGCCGCGCCACCGGACGAGAUAACUCGUCCGACGUCCGUUCACGUCGCGGUGGUUCAACAGCUGCUCAACUAGAUAGCGCUGGCCACCGCUAG